AUUUCUAAAAAUAAAAGAUAGAGGGAAAUCGAAAGGGCAAAUCAACAGUUAACCCUAAAAAGUCUUGGUAUAAUCAGGUAACGAGGUCGAACCCGCUUCCAAUUUCCAGAGACGACUGCUCGACUCACAUCUACAGCUGCUGCUCCUUCUUCUUCUUCUUCAGCGGCACAUAGGAAAAGCUUCUUCACCAAUCAACAAUGGCGGACGACGAUUACAACGAAAUGGAUAUGGGGUAUGAGGAUGAGCCAGUGGAGCCAGAGAUUGAAGAAGGUGCAGAGGAGGAAGAUGUAGAGAACGCAAAUAAUGAUGAUCUUCCAGGAGAAGCCGUUGAAGCUGAUGACAAAGAAGAACAAGCACCCGUGGAACGGCCUCGGAGAACAUCCAAAUUUAUGACCAAAUAUGAACGGGCCAGAAUCUUGGGUACCCGUGCUGUGCAGAUCAGCAUGAAUGCGCCUGUGAUGGUUGAGUUGCAGGGUGAGACUGAUCCACUUGAGAUUGCUAUGAAGGAGCUUCGUGAGCGGAAGGUACCCUUCACCAUACGCCGGUACCUCCCUGAUGGAAGUUAUGAAGAUUGGGGAGUAGAUGAGUUGAUUGUGGAAGACUCGUGGAAAAGGCAGGUGGGAGGCAAUUGAUCAUUUAUGCAUGAAGAAUGGUAUCCGAUGUCAGAUUGUUUUCUCUCUAAAUGUCCAGAUGUGCUUUUGUGGACUUGUAACAUUUCGGCACUGAUCCUACAAACUUAUAUGUUAAAACACUAUUUGUAUCUUUUUUUUGUUUUUGUAAAUGUGUUGAAACACUGUUGCAGGCAUCUGAAAUUUAGUUGAUUAAUGGCUUUUUGCAAUCUGUUUAUAUAUA